AUGGAGGCCUAUCGCAAACAAUCAAAAGAGGCCUUGGAAUUGUUGUGCCAAGAAAAGAAUUUACCAACUUUUGGCAAAAAUAAGGCACAACUUAUUGCUGACCUUGUGGAGGCUGACAGCCAUAUUUUCCAGCCAGAGACGGACACUGAAAGGGUUACCGAGCUCCCUACUACUGCAGGAGUGUUGCUUACUGAAAUGCCUGGUGGUUGUACCCCUCAAAACAUUAAGGACAUUUGCUCAACUGAUUUAUUUCGGCAACUGAUGGCUGCAAAUCCUCAGGAGGCCCUGCAUGUGAUGAUCCAACAGCAGGCUGCAGAAAGAGAAUCUGCAGAGAGGCUAGCCAAAAGGGAGGCUCAAAGGAGACAUGAGCUGGAACUUGCUAAACUGCAAUUUACCCUUCAGUCCUCACUGAACAGCAAUGCAUCAGAGUCCAGCACACGUAGGCUCCGUAAGGAUGAUUUUCCUUCCCUCGAAGAAGGGAUAGAUUUGGAUGUAUUUUUAAAAAGUUUUGAGAAAGUAUGCAGGCAGCAUCAACUACCCUCAGACCAGUGGGGCAGAUAUUUAACUCCACAACUGAAAGUGAAAGCCUUGGAUGUGUUUGUGUCCCUUCCCCCAGAGACUGAUAACAACUAUGAGGCAAUCAAAUCUGCAUUGCAAAAAACUUUUAACCUUACUCCUGAGUCUUACAGGAAAAAGUUUAGGAGUAUGCAGCAAUGCCCAUCAUCCAGCUGCAUUCUAUAUAUUGCACAAUUAGAAACCACGUUCCGGCAAUGGGUAACAGGAGUACAAGCUACUACCUAUGAAGCCCUUAAUGACUUAAUGGUCCUGGAGCAGUUCUUGCAGACCCGGAGCCCUAAUGUACGAGAGUGGAUUUUGGAAAGAAAGCCAAAAAAUGCUAGGGCUGCUGCAGAACUGGCAGAUGACUAUGCCGACAUCCAUGCACCCACAUCCAGGCGUGGACUUGUGUCAGCUGCUACUUCGACCUGGAGAGAAGCUACAGUUCAAACACCACUUGUAAGAUCUGCAGUGAGAACUUCACCGCCGACUGCCAGCGUAGCCGGGGCUAUGUCAAGUGAGUCAGAUGCCCGCCAUUGUUUUCGAUGCAACCAGAUUGGUCAUCUGAGCAGGACUUGCCCCACUAGGAAUAUGCCCUCACCAGCCCGUGGAGGGGCACCAUCAGUAUUGCUUGUGGGUGGGUCUGUGGGGAAACGAGAGGAUAACCUGCAGAGUGUAAUUGUGGGUGACCGAGUGACCAUGGGACUGAGAGAUUCUGGAGCUUCCUUCACCCUGGUGCGACCUGAAGUGGUGAAUACGGAGGACAUAAUCCCUGGAAGGACCAUGUCCAUCAAAGGAAUUGGGGGUGUACGCCCCGCUGUGCCCUUGGCACGUGUGUACCUUGAUUGGGGUGCGGGCAAAGGUUUGCGGGAAGUGGGGAUUUCAGAGGAUAUCCCUGUUAAUGUUCUGUUGGGGAAUGAUUUGGGCAGGAUGCUCUGUCACUAUGCUCCAGCGGACACUGUCUGUGAGCCAGAAGGGCUGACUGCUCCACCUAAGGUAUUGUGUGAAACUUUGGGAGACAUUGUGAAGUGUGAUUGCUGGGAGGGAGAGCAGGGUGUGGAUAAAUAUCUACCUGUAACUGAACCAGUGAUGUCUACCAAAUGUGAGAUAGGGGUGAGUAGUGAUGUGCCUGUAUUAAAAUACUGUGAGGCUGGGAUGUCAGAGAGUAAGGGAGAGGAGGAAGGUGAGAGCCAGGGAUGUGUACCAUUAGUCGCAGUGGUAACAAGUCAACAGUGGGUCAGGGCUGCAGCAGGACAGUCUGAGGUGCUAUGUGAGAUUGUGAGAGGAGGGCCUGCCUUGGAGAAGAAAUUAUGUGAGUGUGUGCAAAAUUCUGUGUCUGAUCAAGGGGGGUCAAAUGUGUCCUGUGAAAAUGUAUGGGAAAAGCCUUCCAGCGAGAGGGGGCUGAAUGAAUAUAUGUGCCAAUGUGUGCCUGAAGCAGAUGUAUGUGAUGUGGUGGGUGAAAAUGUGAAGGGACAGCGAGGCUAUGGGGGAGGGCAGAGGGUGUGUGAGCUUUACUCUGCGCCAGGCUUAGCCAGUUUCCAAAGUUCGGUAUGUGUGAUGACCUGGAGUGAAAGUGAGGGGCACGGACAGACUCAGCCUGUGGGUCCAGGAAGGAUGGCUGCAGGGAAACAUACUGUUGGAGGAACCAGGAACCUUGUCAGUUUAUCACAACUCACGCAUACACCUAAGCAACCUUCUGAUUGUGAACCAAAGGUUCAGAGUCUGAUAGUGCAACAAGCCCAGCAGACAGACGGCAAAAUGAAAGAGAUGAUGGAUGUUGAUACAGCCCAUCUAUCCUGGGAGUGUUCUCUGUCUGCUUUUUUGUGUGCUUACCGGGGAGUGCUGCGGAAAUCCAUUGGUUUCUUCCCCUUACAGCUACUACAUGAGCGCAGUGGGUGUGGUUUAAGGGAUGUUACCAGAGAUCGAUGGGAAAUUGAAACAGGCAAAUCAGGCAUGUUUGUUGAGGGGGUAGCUGUGGUAUGGACUGAUCACAACCUGCUGCAGGUGACAGGUAACACUGAUAAACUGCUCCGUUGGAGCCCUUUUCUCCAACAGUAUAAUUUCACUGUCCAACACAAAAAGGGCAGCUUGCAUGGGAAUGCAGAUGGCCUGUCUCGGCAACUAGAGGGUUAAUGGUAGACAGAUAAAUCAGCCUGUGGCUGCAUUUUUCUGUCCACCAUCUUAAGGGGGAGGUGUCAUGCCAAAAGCAUGAGUUGGUGUUUGAUGUGUGUUUAUAUAUGUUAAGAGUUGUUUUUUGUAAACCUUGAGAUGACAUUUAUUGUGGUCUUUGAUCUUGCACCAGGCCUAGACCAUAAAACAUCUAGAUAGCCAUCACCAGAGCUGGACACAAGGAAUUUCAUAGAGUGGGCAAUAGACUGCCAGACCAACCCCCUCUGAUCCCCCCCCCAGGUGUCUGCCCACUGAGAAACAGCUAGUUUAGAUAUAUGAGGGUGUUGGACUAUCCAGGGAGGGUCAGUUAUUCAUUUUUCUUUUGUCAGUAACUUCUAGGAGACCUAUACCAUCUAAGACUCCCACAAGAAUUCUAUAUGGGGUAAAUAUAUGUAAGGAAUUUCUUGUGUUUUCUCCUAUUUUAUUUUAUGUACUGUUUUGCAAUUUGUUAUCUGUAUGUCAUUUAUUUCUGUAUUUUGUACUCAGCACUGUGAAUCCUUUUGUCAGAUUAAAUGUUUACUUAAUCAGCUUGUGUCUCUGUUCUCUAUGAGCUUCACUCUCCAGAGGAAAGCUCAGGUAAACACGUUACCAAAAAGGGUUAACUAUAUAUGUUUUAUCAGUAAAAGUAGAACUGUGAUACUAUAAUUCUCCUGUGUGUGGGGUAACCUAAGACGCCCGGGUUUAAACAUCUUGGUGGUGGCAGUACUAAGGGGGUUAGUGUAGAAGGGAUUGCAGGGGUUAAUUAAGUGGUUGCUGGGAAUAGCAACAGGUAACCAGGGGUCUGGUGUCAUUAACCCUGUCACUUCCACACUCUCCCCACUGUCUCGGCUGGGCCUAUAGCCCACGCUCGUGACAGUGUGCUUGUCUGUUUGUAUGUGCGUCUUGUGUGUGUGUCUGCCUGUAUGUGUGUGUGCUUGUCUGUUUGUAUGUAUGUAUGUGCAUCUUGUGUUUGUGUGUAUCUGUCUGUUUGUAUGUGUGUGUGUCUGCCUGUCUGUAUGUGUCUGCCUGUCUGUAUGUGUCUGCCUGUGUGUAUGUGUGCCUGUCUGUUUUUUUAUGUAUGUGUCUUUGUAUGUAUGUGUGUCUUGUGUGUGUCUGUAAGUGUGUGUGUCUGUUUGUAUGUGUCUGUGUGCCUGUCUGUAUGUAUGUCUGCGUGUGUCUGUAUGUAUAUAUGUGUGCUUGUCUGUUUGUGUGUAUGUGUCUGUGUGUGUCUUAUGUGUGUGUGUGUGUCUGUCGGGGAGAUAGGGGGGGCCCACGGAUCCUUUUUGCACUGGGGCCCCAUGGUUUGUGUGUACGCCACUGCCCAGUUGUGUGUACGCCCCCUUAUUUUAUACUAAUUCUAAGUUUAGGAUUAGCUGGACCCGUACGUAAUCAGUCUCUCUCAGGGCUAUUCAGUUUCACUAAACUCCUAACUUUCACAAAUUAAAUAAAAUAUAGCAAAACUGAGGCAAAAAUAGCCACAAUGUGAGUUGUUCUGAUAGUGGUAUAAUAUUUACCCUACCUGCACCUUUUAUCUUGGAAAAGAUGCCCAUGACUAGUCUAGUAUUUGAAACCAUGAUUUUUCACUAAACUCGCCCUUUUUGCAAAUUUAAUCAAUUUUUGCAAAUUUAAUUACAUUUUGCAAGUACCAAAACUGAGGCAAAAGUAGGCAAAGUGGAGUGUUGGAGAAUUCUUCCAGACCAGCUAUUUUUUCCUUAGUAUUUCCAAUCAAAUUUAAUUUGCAAAAGUACAGAGUUUAUUGUGAAUAUCCCUGAUCAUAUGGUUAUUAAAUACCCAAAUUGCAAACCUGAGGCCAAAAUAGCUUUCAAAUUUAAAGGGUUACUUCUACCAUCAUAACCACUACAGCCUACUGAUUGCAACAUUACCUGGUAAUUUGGCAAAUAGUUUUACAACAGUUUGUCCUCCUACCUUGGGCGUACCAGGCGCCAGGACUACUAUGCAGGAAUCUUAAAGGACCACUUUAGGCACCCAGACCACUUCAGCUUAAUGAAGUGGUCUGGGUGCCAGGUCCAUCUACAGUUAACCCUGCAGCUAUAAACAUAGCAGUUUCAGAUAAACUGCUAUGUUUACACUAGAGUUAAUCCAGCCUCUAGUGGCUGUCUCAUUGAAAAUCACAGUGAGAAGAUGCUGACAUCCAUAGGAAAGCAUUGAGAAAUGCUCUCCUACGGACUGAUUGAAUGCGCGCUCGGCUUUUGCCGCGCACGCGCAUUCAGCACUGACGUCGGAAGAGGGAGGAGAGUUCCCAAGCGCCGAGAGAGCCCGGCGCUGGAGAAAGGUAAGUGUAUAACCCCUUCAGCCCAGCGGGAGGGGGGCCAUGAGGGUGGGGAGGGACCUAAAGUGCACUAUAGUGGUCCUUUAACAAUAUCCAGCCUCUGCAGUAGCCACAUUUCAAUCGUGCACUGAUUAAUUGGUCGCUCUCCACUAAUGAUUGGCCCUCUGAGCAUAGAAAUAUGCACAUAAUUUACAUUACCCAGUCCAGGACUCUUGUUGUGGCUUGGUUAAUGAUGCCCAAAUGACUCUGGGGAUGUAGCUACACCUCUGGCAGAAAAGGGGCUAAACUUAGUAUAUGCAGCGUUUUAUAGUGAAUAGAGUCUCCAGACAUCAGAACCACUUCAAAUUAUUGAUGUGGUCAUGGUACGUGGCAGAAACCUUUAGAACCUAAGGAGCCAGAAGCCUAUUAGCUAUUAGUUGGUAAACUAUUUAGAUAUUUUUACCAUUUUAGCUACUUUGGCUUUCACUUUAGUGAAUAACCCUGUUAUUUUUAUUACUAUUAUUUAUAAAGCGCCAGCAAAUUCCGUAGCGCUGUACAAUGGAUGGACGAACUGUUAGUCUCGGUUUUUUUACAUUUAUCAAAUAUUCUUAUCUCUAGAGUAAAUAACUUUUCUUUUACAAAUUCAGUUACAUUUCCUACACAUCAGUGUUUAGUGAAAAAAAAGUGUUUUUUUGUUUUUUGUUUUUACUAUAUCACAAAUUGUAUAAGCGACAAAGACUUGGGACAAAAGUUUUAAAAAGAUAUUUAUUAAAUGUGCAAUUCGCAAACCAAUGCCUAGUUUGGAAAAUAAUCCAUGUAAUCUAUCCUGCUUUCAUUGCAUCCCUCCCUCACCUAUACAGUGUAAUAUUCUAAUUUCUCAAUUAAUGGAUCUAUUUAACUUCAGAUGAAUGUCAUGAGUUCCAGCUGAGAACCAAAAAUUGCUAAUGAUUUCCCUGGAGUCUGAGAUCACCAGGUUAUGUUAUCUACAUCUUUUCAAUGGGUAAAAAAAACAAACAAAAACCCAUUACAUACUAAAUCAUAAUAUAUUAUGCAUGAAUACUUAUUUCCAAAUUGCAGGUAUUAAGUACGGAUCCCACUCACUAAUCAGAUUGCAAUGUCAACUCACAGCCUUAUACAAGCACUUUGCAGACUACCAGAGUAGCUAUGCCUAUGUCUCUAUUGUGGGAGAGUUGCUUUAAUGGGUAAUAUUGUAUUUAGUGUUUUUUUUCUAAGGAUUACGGUACAAUCAUGUUUGGACCUAUGAGCAUGAGAGCAGAGGACCACGUGGCUGCUAUUUAAACCCCCCACUCAUCUCCUGGUCUUUGAAUUAGUUAGCUGUUUUUAAAAACCACUCCCUAUUAGGGCAGUGUGUGUAUUUUUAUUCCCCCAGUUAGCAUAGUCAGGGGGUUUUAUUUUAUUUAUUUUUUCUCUCCCCAGUAAGAAUAGUCUCGGGGUAUUUCACCUUUUCUCCGUUUGGAUAGUCUGGGUAUUUUAUUUUUAACGCUUUACUUUACUUUUUCUGGGUGUUUUUAAAUUCUUUAUUCCCAGAUAGGGUGGUCAGGGUAACUGUUGUCUAUAGAAGGUGAGUGUAUCUGCUGCUUAUUCUGAUGAGUUUUGUGCUUUCUGACGGUUUACUUCUGAUGUAAAACUAGACAACUUUAUCACUUGGCGUUCUAGCUGAUAACCCUUGUGUGUUUUUCUUUCUCUCUGCAACAGAGACGGUGGUAGUUGUAGUUUCUUUACGAUCACAUGAUAGCUGGGGCAUACCCAGAAUUCUGGUCUGGAGAAUAGUGCUGUAAACGUUCUCACAAUUGCUUUUAUAGUGAAACUGCAGAAUUCUGAGACUAGUUGUGCUUCUAAAAGGCAAAUCUUCUCGUGGGGUGUGUUUUUUUUUUUAAUAAUGCUCUUUUUUUCUCUUUUAAAGGCAUACUCUACAUGGUUUUCAUCCCAUUUAUAUCUUGUAUCCCAAUUAUCUUCGGCAGCCUAUAUAUGAAUGAAGCAAGCUUAUUGGGAUGCAAUGUAUAAUGGCUGUGGAAUGUCACUACACUGAAAUGUAACCAAAAUGUUUAUUUGUUUUUGUUUUUUCUGAUUAAAAUAGAAUAAAGUAGUGCUGGGAAAAAUAGGUGAUCCUUUUAAUAUCUUGUUUACAACUUAAAUGGCUGACUUGUAACUCUUGUCAAUUCUUUCAGCUAGAUAUUCCUAUUCUAGUGUCAAUGUUCUAAAUAUGGAAAUUAAUGUGUGUGUAUAUUCUUCUUGGUCAAAUCAGCUCCAUGGCUUCAGAAGGCCUCCUCCAGUGUCCUUAUGACAAAAACCACAUGAUUCGUCCCAGCAGGUUUCCUUAUCACCUUGUAAAAUGCCGAGAGGUGAGUCUCCGCAUGGCUAUAACUUGCUUCAAACGUAUGUUUGUGGCUCAACUCAUUCUCCUGUCUGUUAAAAUGUCUUUCACAACCUGUCACUUCUCAUGAUAUAAAAGCCUGUAUUUAACACAUGGCAUGUGUAUAUAGAAAAAUGUACAAUUUUUUUUUAAUUUUUUUUUUUUUAAUAGAAUCAUCCUUUGGCUGGAAAAGUGCUUGCAACCUGCCCAUAUAACGCCCGCCACAAAGUACCAAAAAAAGAACUUGAGAUGCAUAUGGAAAGCUGUGAAAACAAAGUCUCUCUGGAUGAAAUUGCUGGUAUGUUGACACUAGUAUCAUUGUCUGAUUGCACUCACUAUAGUAACUUGACUGGGGGUGAACAUUUUACAUCAGGAGAACCCAGACACCAUUAGGAUAGACUUUUGUUGAGGUGAAACAGAUCCACAAACUGAAAAACUGGGCAGACUUCAUGGAUGAAGAUGGAGCACACCAUAAGCUAGAGUACACUGGUACUUUACCCAAGGUGUGGGGUUUUUUUUUUUUUUUUUUUUUUUUCAAUAAGUUCCUCACUGCUGGGUUUAUUUUGAUUCAGGUAGUUAAGAUCUUGAUAUGUUGCAAGACCGCAAAUUCAACUGUCAGUAGACUUUAUUUGAUCUUAUUUAACUGCGUCUACAUGUUCUAUUAUUCAUAUUGUAACGUUGGAUACCUGAAGAAAAAUAAACUGUUCCACUUUAACCAAUAUGUGCCAAAUACAAGCCUGCAAAGUGGCAUAGUAUUACAUCAUGCAUUCUAGGUUCAGAAGGUUGAAUUUUGUGGCAUAUAAAACACUGCUCAAAUCUUAAAGGACACUCUAGGCAACAAUACAAAGAAAAAGCAUUUGGCCUCCAUGUUUGUGGGGGUUUUUUUUUAAUUGCUUUAUAGAUUUGGCACAAUUGGCCUCUCAUGCCCAAAAGACUUCCUUAUGAAAACUACACACAGAUCAGCCCCAACAGCACUGAGUGAGCAGCUUUUAAUUUCCAACCUGGAUACAGGUAGUGAUAUCCUUACUAUGUCUCUCUGGUUGUCCUAAUGCAGAUUGUUGUCCACUCAGUGGCGGAGCUGCAGGCCUACCUUUUGAUAAGUCUUUUUGGAGUGAAACUCAAAGGCAACCUUUAAUGCUUAAUGUGUUAUAAGAGCAUUAAGGAAGAUGUAGUCCACAAUACUUGGGGUGCCAAAGGUUGCCUGGACCUGCUGUAGAUAACUUCCCAAGUGAACUGACACGUCAAAGGGAUUUGACUUCUAAUGAAAGUAUUGUACUGUAAUAUGCCAUAAAGUGGAUUCUACACAUUGUAAAAAUCUUAUCUCUACAGUGGUGAUGCAGGCUUCACAAUCCUCCUGGCAGAGUCCCCCUUGUGAAGAGAACUGGGAUCUGGGUAAAUAGGUUGAUAUGAAAUGUUGUUACUUUAGAUUUGACGUUUAAAGCAGCUCUUUCAACAUUAAUGCUGUCUAGCCAAUGCAUCUAAUGGCACUGAGGGCUGUGCUACUUGCCUCUCAUUGUGAGUCACUGCAUCUCUAGAAUUCUCCUCUGCUCAAUCCAAGCACAUAUGGAUCAUCUCACUUGCAUGGCAGGGGUUUACAGCACUGGCUCUAAGGGGUCCCACAAUUAUCAACCGUAUUCAACUCUUGAGAUAAGUCAGAAGUGGCCAGCCAAUGACAAAGCUGAUAUAGACCAUGGAGCUUGACUAAAGAUCCACUCUGUCAAGUUUUGCCAACAUGCAAUCAGACAUAAUGAAAAGUAGUCCCUCUUAUGUAGAACUAGUAAAAUCAUGGGUUUUGAUAAGGGUAAGAGAACUGCCUGUGGGAAUAAAGACUCUUAUUUUUAUUUUGCUUAAGUGAAAAACUGUAUACCAGGCACAAUAUAUAGUGGUUAUAGUUACAACAUUGAGUUGGUUAUCAAACUUGCAUAAGAGACAAAACAAAGAUCAUGCUGCAAAACUUUUUAAUAUACCCAGAUAAUUGGCCACACUCACAAAUAGUGGCACAAUUGAAGUGAAUCAAUAUGUACACAAGCACUUGCAGUCUCAAAUUCAGCUUAAUCCCAAGGAUAUACAGUCAGCUGGUGAAGUGACUCUUCUUUUCAAAGUCAGGAAACAGAAUCCCAGUAUCAGAUAUUGGGUACUUCCAGGCUGGGGUAUAACUAAUUAACAGUGUAUUUUUAUCAUUGUAUUGGGAGUAUCCCUUAAACAUUGAAAAGUAUCUGCAGUAGCAAGUUUGAACUUCCACUUCCUCCUGUCAGUGGAGGCAUCCUGCAGAGGCAGGCAAAUAUUAAACUGUUUAACUUGCCAUGUUUAUAAAGUACUACAGUGAACUGUCUGUUGGGUAUAUGGUGCUUAGCAUGCCUCUCUAAAUGUUGCAUGAAACGUUUAAAAUGUUCUCUAGACAUGCUCUAUGUAAAACUGACCUUGUAUCUUCAGAUGAGACUCCAAAGCCUACCACCUUUGUCUUAAACGGCUUUAACAACGUUCAGCCUUAUGAUGCGUCUGAAAAAACAAAGUAAGUUACUUGUAUGGAGGAUAUCUUAACUAGUUGUGAUGCAAGCAAAGGGGCACGAACUUCAUAUACUUUCUCUUGAAUCCACAAAGUGGACUUUUCAUGAAGAUAUCAAAGCUUGCUGCUCAUAAAAUGGCACUCUCUCCUCCAGAGAGGGAAAAACAUGGAACCCACUGAAGUAAUCUUAUGGUGAUAGAGGUUUUACAAUCUCAUGAGAUGACAGUGUUGGGCCUUCUCAGAUCAUCCAGAUCUCCUUGCAAAAUCAAUCCUCAGAGCAUUGGUUCUAAUGCAAACUAGUGCCACACUUUCCUAUGAGUACUAGCAAGUGCUUCGAGGAUGGCCUCUAGAGAUUUCUUUAAACUUGCCAUUUCUACAGAACUCUAAUAUUUAAAGGAACACUAUGGGGUCAGUAAUACAAACAUGUGUUCCAGCAACGUUUUAAAGCGCUGCUCAGUUCUGUCAGAAUUAGCUAAAAUUGGCAUGGGGGUGGGGCCAAAUGCUGUUUUGGCCAAUCAGGACCUCAGAUGCACUGAAUCUGAAGAAAUUCAGCAUCUCAAUGCAGAGCAUGGGGAUGCUGAACGGCAGGGCUGCUUUUUCAGCAGCACUGACCCAGGAAGGACUCUGUGGCCACAUGGAGGCCUCCCUAGGAGGCAAUGUAAACACUGCCUUUUCUCUGAAAAGGCAAUGUUUAAAUAAAGCUAUUGAAGGGAACUAUGCUCACUAGAACUACAUUUAAGCUGUAGUUCUGGUGACUAGUGUCCCUGACAUCACACCACUUCAUAUUCACCAAGACUGUUUUCAGACUUGUGAAAGGUUAAAUUUUUUUUUUUUUUUUUUUGUUUAACCAAGGAUUUCAGUUAAUCCAAGGUAGAGGUAUACCUGCAACUCCUUCUUGGAAACACCAGAAUGACAUGCCUGUAUAAGUUUUAGUUGACUGAAGAAUUCAGUUUGAUAGUAAGGAUUUCAAACUUCUAAGAGGCUACUUGUUGUCUCCAUUACUCUGGCAUUCAAAACCACAAACGCUGCAUCUAAACCUUCUUAUUCAGGAAUGAACCCAUUGGGAGGAUCCCAGGCCUUCCAUAUGAAGAAUUCAACCCUGUUAGAGGAAGGUAAGUGAUUCUUAUGUCUGAAUAAAAUAUCAACUCUAAACUGGCUCACUUUCAGAAUAAAAUCUGAGCAAUGAAAUGUGGCAGGAAUACCCUCUCACUCAAAUUCUAUAGGGCUUGUGUAGUUGUACUGAGGCUUCUGAAAUGUGAAGACUAGUUACUAUGGCUAGUGAACUGGUGUGGCUGUUCUUCAAACUUUUGUGAGCUGUCAGUUCUGAGCUUUCUGUGACUCAUUUAAUGUAUGGGUUUUUGACUUGGGGUAACAAUGUAGAACACAUGCAACCACAUUGCCACUGCAUAUUUCCUUGAACUAGAUUAUGGGGAAAGCAUAACCCACUAUACAAUUAUCUAAUGUUUUGUUUUUUUUUGCCUAGGGAGGAACAUCAAACUAUGCAUUUAACAGUUGUACAACACUGCGGAAUUUGUUGGCGCUUUAUAAAUGCCAGUAAUAACAGGCAGAAUAUCAUUAGUAAAAUGGGAAAGACUAUUACCCAUACGAAAUAAACUGUCCCACAAAGGUGAAAAGCUGUAUUGGUGUUCCAUAGAAUAUAAUGGACUUUACUUGUAAAACCAUAGCCAGGUUUAAUUCAGUGUCUUAUACUGUAAGUGUUUGUGUUCACAAUUACAGACAUGUAUAUCUGCAGAGCAGUAAACUGCAACUUUAAACUUGAGCCACUAGUUUCUACACCUUCAUGAAACUGAAUUACCUACAUCUUCCACACACUGUACUUGGUGCCAGCUGAAUAAGGCCAGUGUAGUAAUAUCCUAAACUAGGAAAAAACAUCUAAAUGCACCUUUAUGCAAAGUUGCAGGUAUUCAACACUCUGUAGGAAGUUGCCAAACAAAUGCUCACUUGGGGAUUUUAAUGAGUUGUACUUCUUUACCAGGAGACGCAGAGGAAAUGCAGCUGGCAAGUCUCAGUGCAACUUUAAAUGA